AUGAAGAUGGCCAUAACUUUCAAAAUGUAUGGUGUGGUGUUUUCGAUACUGUUAUCUUUAUUAUUAAGUCAACAAACUGAUGCUGCUGCAGUGAUAUCCAUUGAUUAUGGUUCAGAAUGGAUAAAAACGGGAAUUGUUUCGCCGGGAGUUCCUAUGGAAAUAGUCCUAAAUAAGGAAUCCAAACGAAAAACACCAGCUGUUGUUGCAUUUAGGGAUGAAGUUAGGACAUUCGGCGAAGAUGCUGUGACAGUUGGCGUUAAAUUUCCUAAAAAUGCGUAUAAAUAUCUUCUAGAUCUUUUGGGCAAGCCAUAUGAUCACCCAUUAGUACAAGCCUACAGAGAAAGAUUCCCAUAUUACGAGAUUGUAAAAUCAGAAAGAGGAACGCCAGAAUUUGUUCAUGAUGAAAAGACAAGGUUUACCCCAGAAGAGUUGGUAGCACAACUACUUGCUAAUUCCAAAGAAUUCGCUGAAAUAAGCCAUGGUCAACCAAUCACUGAGUGUGUCCUUACCAUCCCCGGCUACUUCAACCAAGCUGAACGUAGGGCUAUGAAGGAAGCUGCUUCUUUGGCAGGCUUAAAUGUACUUCAACUAAUUAAUGAUUAUACAGCAAUUGCUAUCAAUUAUGGUAUUUUCCGGAGGAAGGAAAUCAAUGAAACGGCAUGGCACACACUUUUCUUUGACAUGGGAUCGGCAUCCACAAAGGCGGCGUUAGUUGAAUACAAAACAGUGAAGACAAAAGAAAAGGGAUAUGUUGAGACAGUACCACAACUGCAAGUGAUUGGUGUUGGAUUUGAUAGAACCUUGGGUGGAUUAGAAAUGACUUUACGUUUAAGAGAGCAUUUGAUUAAGGCAUGGGAAGCAAACGGAGGUGGUGAUGUAAGGGCUUCACCCAGGGCUAUGGAGAAAUUGUUCCGAGAGGCUGAGAGAGUCAAGAUCGUAUUAUCAGCCAAUACUGAACAUUAUGCGCAGAUUGAGAGCUUACUUGAUGAUAAAGACUUCAAGUUACAAGUGACCCGUGCUGAUCUAGAAGGCCUAUGCUCUGACCUUUGGGCACGAGUGUCGAACGUGAUCCACCGAGCCAUUUCAUCAGCCGGUGGAGCGGGUGCUGGAGCCAAAGUGAUAGUGGCCGGUGGUGCUUCAAGAGUACCCGCAGUACUUGAGGCUUUGAAAACCGCAGCUGGCGUUGAUCCCCAUAAAUCCAUCAAUGCUGAUGAAGCAGCUACCCUCGGGGCUGUUUAUAGAGCUGCUUCUCUCGCGACGGGAUACAAAGUGGCAGCCCUCAAUGUCAGGGACGCGGUUCUAUUGCCCAUACAGGUCGUAUUCAGCAGACAGGUUGACGGAAAUGAGAAGUUGAUAAGAAGAACUCUCUUCGGCCCGAUGAAUCCUUACCCCCAAAAGAAAGUAAUUACCUUUAACAAACACACAGACGAUUUCAGUUUUAACGUCAACUAUGCUGAAUUAGAUCACAUCCCAUCCAAUGAACUGGAAAAUAUUGGUACAUUAAACCUAACUCAAGUUGUUCUCACUGGGGUCAAUGACGCCCUUAACAAAAAUGCGGGAGACAACGUUGAAAACAAAGGCAUCAAAGCACAUUUCAAUAUGGAUGAUUCUGGAAUUCUUAACCUAGUUAACGUAGAAUUCGUCGCAGAGAAAACUGUCACCGACGACGAAGAUACCGAUAGUACGUUAUCUAAAAUCGGAAGUACUAUUAGCAAACUAUUCGGCUCAGACUCAGAAUUGCCAGACAAAGCGGAAGAAAAAUCUGAAGAACAACCCCAAGAAGCCGAGAAGAAUGAUACAGCCAAAGCUAAUGAGACCACAACUGAAAAACAAAACGCAACGGAACCAGAAAGCAAACCGAAACCCAAAAUUGUUGUUCUAAAAGAACCCGUCAAUGCUAACGAGCAGAUACUAAACUUACAACCGUUAUCUCCAGACCAAUUUAAAACAUCAAAAACCAAGAUAAACAAACUCAACGAAAUCGACAGAAAGCGAAUCGAAAGAGAAACAGCACUUAACAACUUGGAGGCAUUCGUUGUUGACGUACAAAUGAAAGUAGACAUGGAGGAGUAUGCAGAAUGUGGAACUCCAGAAGAGAUUGAGGUAAUCAAGAAACUCUGUAGUGAAGUUUCCGAUUGGCUCUAUGAUGAUGGGUAUGAGGCUGAGACUGCUAUGUUCGAAGAGAAAUUAAACGCAGUCAAAGAAAAGACAAACCAGAUGUUCUACAAACAUUGGGAACACAGGGAGAGACCCGACGCGAUUGCCGCAAUCAAAAGUGUUCUAAAUAAUUCUCGGGAAUUCCUUAAAUCGGCCAAGAAUUACACUAAAGAAGCUAGCCCUGAAAGAGAUGUGUUUACUGAUGUAGAGAUAUCGCUUUUGGAAAAGAAAAUUGAAGAAACUAAAAGUUGGGUGGACAAAUCCGUCGCAGAACAAAACGCGCUCAAAAAGAACGAAGAUGUGAAACUGACAGUCGAAAGUAUAAGGGAAAAAAUAACGAACUUGGAUCGUGAAGUUAAGUAUCUGCUCAACAAACUGAAGAUUUGGCGCCCCAAGAAACCAAAGAAGGUGGAGAAUAAAACGGAAACCCCAACUGAAUCGGAAAAAACGGAGGGCCAAGAAAAACCGGUCGAGGAACCUGAAAAGUCGAAAGAGCCGGAAAAAGUAGAAGUCGAGGAAGAAGCUACGGAAAUACCGCAGUUAGAUAAUGAACAUUCCGAGUUAUAA